CAUUCAGAAGAGCAAGAAGCGCUAGGACUUUUUAAGACAACGAGAAGCAUGAAGGUUCAGAUGAAAAUCCUAGUUGGAGUGCUCUCCUGUCUUUUGCUCUCUUUAUUAAUUCUGUGCAUUGUGUUAAUUCCUGCAAAAGAUGAACACAAACAAAAUAAUCCCAGACCACUUACACUGGAUGAGUAUUUAGAUGGAGAUUUUAAUUAUAAAACCUUUUCUCCAUACUGGGUUUCAGGAAAGGAAUAUCUUCAUCAAUCUAAAGAUGAUGUCAUCCUUCACAAUGUCGAAUCAGGGCAGUCGAUCACUAUCUUGAAAAAUAGCACUGUUAAAGAAGUGAAUGCCACAAAUUAUGCAAUGUCUGCAGAUCAGAAUUUUAUACUAUUGGAAAGCAAUUAUUCUAAGCUUUGGAGGUAUUCUUACACAGCAUCCUAUCACAUUUAUGAUCUUAUAUUAGGUGUUUUUGUCAAAGAAUAUGAGCUACCACAUAAUAUCCAGCAUAUCUCCUGGUCACCUGUUGGACACAAAUUGGCUUAUGUUUACCAGAAUAAUAUCUAUUUCAAACAAGAUCCCAGAGAAGCUGCUAUUCAAAUAACCACAAAUGGUUACUGGAAUGAAAUAUUUAACGGAAUUCCUGACUGGGUUUAUGAAGAAGAAAUGCUUGCAACAAAAUAUGCUCUGUGGUGGUCACCAAAUGGCAAGAACAUAGCAUACAUAGAGUUCAAUGAUACUGAAAUACCAGCUAUUGAAUAUUCAUAUUAUGGCAAGAAUCAAUAUCCUAGAAAAAUAACUCUUCCAUAUCCAAAGGCUGGAGCUAAAAACCCAACUGUUAGAGUGUUGAUUAUAGAUACUACAAAUCCUAGAGAUUUUGGACCGAAGGAAAUACUUGCACCACCAGUCAUAGCAGCAAGCGAUCACUAUGUCACAUGGAUUACCUGGGCAAGAGAUGACAGAAUCUGUGUGCAGUGGCUGAAAAGAAUCCAGAACUUCUCCCUGUCAGCAAUCUGUGACUACAAUUACCACUCCAGAUCUUGGGAUUGCCCAGAGAAUCGGCAACACAUAGAAGAGAGCCAUACAGGAUGGACUGGUGGAUUCUUUGUUUCAGCACCCUAUUUUACUUCAGAUGCCAUAUCAUACUAUAAAAUUUUUAGCGACCAGAAUGGUUAUAAACACAUUCAUUACAUCAAAGACUCAGUGGAAAAGGCAAUCCAGAUCACCAGUGGUGAGUGGGAGGCCAUAUAUAUUUAUAGAGUAACAGAUGAUGCAAUAUUUUAUUCAAGCAAUGAAUUUGAAGGUUACCCAGGAAGAAGAAACAUUUACAAAAUUAAUAUUGGAAGAAACCCUACAACAAAGCAGUGCAUUACUUGCAAUUUACGAAAAGAAAGAUGCCAGUAUUAUGCAGCAAGAUUCAGUGAUAACGCCAACUAUUAUGCAAUAAUGUGUUAUGGCCCAGGCAUCCCCAUUUCUACUAUAUAUGAUAACAGAUAUAACAAAGAAAUUAAAGUCUUAGAAGACAAUGCAGAUUUGGAGUCUGCUCUGCAAAAAAUCAGUUUACCAAUACAGAAGAUUAACAAACUUGAAGUGGAUGGCAUAACUUUAUGGUACAAGAUGCUUCUACCUCCAAAGUUUGAUAGAUCCAAGAAAUAUCCUCUUCUUAUACAGGUAUAUGGAGGGCCUUGUAGCCAAAAUGUGAAGCAUACCUUUAGCGUUAGCUGGAUAAGCUAUCUUGCAAGCAAAGAAGAAAUUGUGGUAGCACUUGUGGAUGGCAGAGGAACAGCUUUCCAAGGUGAUAAGAUGUUGCAUGCGGUGUAUCGAAAACUUGGGGUUUAUGAAGUUGAAGAUCAAAUCUCAGCUGUAAGAAAGUUUAUAGACAUGGGUUUUAUUGAUGAAAAACGAAUAGCCAUAUGGGGCUGGUCCUACGGUGGAUAUAUUACAUCGCUGGCACUUGGGUCUGGUACUGGCAUGUUUAAGUGUGGAAUAGCUGUGGCUCCUGUUUCCAGCUGGGAAUAUUAUGCAUCUAUCUACACUGAACGAUUUAUGGGUCUUCCAACCAAAUCUGACAAUCUUGAGCAUUACAAAAAUUCAACAGUGAUGGCAAGGGCUCAGAAUUUCCAUAAUGUGGAUUACCUUCUCAUCCAUGGAACGGCAGAUGAUAAUGUACAUUUUCAAAACUCGGCACAGAUCUCCAAAGCCUUAGUCAAUGCACAAGUGGAUUUUCAAGCAAUGUGGUACACAGACCAAAACCAUGCAAUUCCAGGCCUUUCUUUAAAGCAUCUCUACAUUCAUAUGACACAUUUCCUGAAACAGUGUUUUUCUCUGCCUUAAGGAACCCUCUCUUCUGUCUUGAUUCCAAGACAAAGCAAUGUUAAUUGCGCAAACUAUGAACAUUCCAAGAGUAGGAUAAAAAUGGAAUUAAAGAGGUGUCGAUGACUCUUACUGACCCUUGGGAAAAAAUUGCUUGGGAAUUUUUGUUAGCUAGGAAACAAAUGAAUAAAAAUAAAAGUGUGAAAUUAAAGGCUGCAUG